CCGCCGCCGCCACUCCUGUCACCCUCGCGGCGGGAUUUCAUCUCGGUCACGCUCAGCGGCGGGCAGUUCCAGGCGGCGGGCGGCGGCGGCGGCGGCGGCUACAACAACAGCAAGGCCUGGCGGAGACGUUCUUGCUGGCGGAGAAAUGUUCCCUGCCAGAAUAGCCAAGACCAUUGCUUAGUCAGUAGAUGAGGCUGGUGGCAGGUGCGUUUUCUCGUUACUGGAUCGUUUCGGGAAAAGAAAAGACGCAUUUAGGGGUGUGGCAAGAAACCGCUGUGGCUGGUCUUUCAAGGAGUUUCUCCUUUGAGACAUUUAGCGGAGAAGUGGUUGUGUGUGCCUGGCAGCUGCCGUCCCACUGAACGCGGGGGAAGCAGAGGGGAGCCAAGCUGCAGCCUUGUUCCAGGCCCCAUGCGUUGCAUUAAAUGGAAGCAGCUGUCUCGCCUUCAGCGGAGCAUCAUCCUCUUCCUUUUUGCCUUUCUGGUUGUCUGUGGAAUCAAGACGUAUGCAAAUAUGGCCGACCCGUGGAAAAGUGCAACCAGCAGAUCUUUGGAGGAGCAGAAGGCUGACCUUGAGAUCCCUGGAUUGAAUCCAGCAAAUCAGGCGAUUCUCCCGAUACCCCAGAAAGCCGAUGCCAGUCUCAGGGACUUUUCACCUCAAAAACCUCCGAAACAGAUUCCUGCCCGGCGAGGGCCUCCGAAUCUGCAGAUCCGGCCCCCUUGGAGGGAGACGGAGGCCAGGUCCCAGGAAGAAGCUGUCAGAGCAGAGGGAAAACCUGGCCAGGCAGGUCAGGGGCACAACCCAGCUAAGGCCGUCAUUAGUUGGAGAGGAGCCGUGAUAGAGCCCAACCCGAGCCCCGAGCCGCCUUCCAAGAAAAUAAACCACCCAGGCAGGCCUUCUGCCGUGGCAUCCGAAGACCAGAAAGAGCCAGUGCCCCUCAAUAAGCGGCAGCUGGCUGUGAUUGAAGCCUUCCGCCACGCCUGGAAAGGUUACAAGGAGUUUGCCUGGGGCCACGACGAGCUGAAGCCCGUCUCCAAGACCUUCAACGAGUGGUUUGGCCUCGGACUGACGCUCAUCGACGCGCUGGACACCAUGUGGAUCUUGGGCUUAAAGGCAGAGUUCCAAGAAGCCCGAGAGUGGGUCGCCAAGGAGCUGGACUUCCAGAAAGACGUGGACGUCAAUCUCUUUGAGAGCGCCAUUCGUAUCCUGGGGGGCCUGCUGAGCACUUACCACUUGUCUGGGGACAGCCUUUUCCUGGAAAAAGCAAAAGACAUCGGGAGCAGGCUCAUGCCCGCCUUCAACACCCCUUCCAAGAUCCCCUUUUCGGACGUCAACAUUGGGAAGGGCACAGCCCACCCCCCACGCUGGACCUCCGACAGCACUGUGGCCGAAGUGACCAGCAUCCAGCUGGAAUUCCGGGAGCUCUCGCGCCUGACUGGUGAAGAGAAAUUUAAGAACGCUGUGGACAGCGUGAUGAGACACGUCCACUCCCUCUCCGGCAAGAACGACGGCCUGGUGCCCAUGUUUAUCAACACCAACAGUGGCCAGUUCACCCACCUCGGGGUCUACACCCUGGGGGCUCGAGCUGACAGCUACUACGAGUAUUUGCUCAAGCAGUGGAUCCAGGGAGGGAAGAAGGAGAACGAGCUCCUGGAAGAUUAUGUGAAGGCUAUUGAGGGCGUGAAGAGGCACCUGCUCCGGAAAUCCUAUCCCAAAAGGCUGACCUUUGUCGGGGAACUCGCUCACGGUCAUUUCAGUGCGAAGAUGGAUCACCUGGUCUGCUUCCUGCCUGGCGUGCUGGCUCUCGGGGCUCACAACGGGCUCCCUGCAGAUCACCUGACCCUGGCGGCGGAGCUGGCAGAAACCUGCUACCAGAUGUACGCCCAAGUGGAGACCGGCCUGAGCCCUGAAAUUGUCCACUUCAACACGCACCCACAAAAGGACCGGAAGGACGUGGAAAUUAAGACGGCUGACAGGCACAAUCUGCUGCGUCCCGAGACAGUGGAGAGCCUCUUCUACCUCUACCGGUUCACCGGCGAUAAGAAGUACCAGGAUUGGGGCUGGGAGAUCUUGCAGAGCUUCAACCAGUACACCCGGGUCCCAACUGGAGGCUACACGUCCAUCGACAACGUCCAGAGCCCCAGCAACCCGGAGCCGAGAGACAAAAUGGAGAGCUUUUUCCUGGGCGAAACCCUCAAGUAUUUUUUCUUGCUCUUUUCGGACGACGUCAACUUGAUCAACCUGGACCAGUAUGUCUUCAACACGGAGGCCCACCCGCUCCCCAUCAGGCCAUCGGCAUAAACCGAAGCCGUCAGCCAUUCACAGGCCCGAUUCCUGGGACCCCAAGGGGAGGCGUGUGGAAGGCGGAGCGACAUUCCUGGUGAAAGGGGCUUCCUGGAGGAAUUGUACGUGAGGGAAGGGGGGGGGUCUCCGGAACCACUGCCUCCUCUCCGGAAAGGGGCACCCAAGCAAGGGACGGGCAAGUGGGGCUCGCUUCGACCCAGGGAGCACCCGAAAACUAGCUCCACUCCGCUCCACCUCUGGGCGGGAGAGGCCCUUCAGGAGGGAAAAGGCGGCCCUGUGCCAACGCCCCUGGGGCUGUGACUUCAUUCCACAGCUGCAGGUGGGGGUGGGAAAGGGACAAUGCUCCCUCGAAAACAGUGUUACUGCCCUCCUGAUCCCCGAGGGGGAGGAAUUUGUGCCCUGUUACAAACUGGGGGAGAAGCUGGAUGGGAUGGUAAAUAUAUAUAUAUAUAUAUUUUCUUAACUUAUCUGCAGCAAUGCAGGGAGAAAAAUGUGAAAAUUUAAUUAUGGGGAAAAGGGGAAAAAAAAAACCCCAACCGGGAAGUUAUCUAUGUAGGAAUUUAUGUGUGUAUAAUAUGGAUAAUGUUUUGGCUCAGGUAUCCUUCCGAAAACUGCUUUCUGCAUGAGUUCCUCUUCCAGGUUGGAGGUUGACCUUUACCUUGAAAGCAUAUUGGGGGUGGAGGGGUGGGCUGGAGGUCAAGGAAGGAGCAGGUCACAAUCCUUACCCCCCAGAGCGGAUUCUGCCCACUAGCUCUCCCUGGAAAGUUGGGCUUAAAAAGCCAAGCAACUAACCAACUUCUGCUCAGCGGCUCUGAACUACCAGCCACGGAGGAAACGGCUCGCUAAAGGUGUGAACUCACGAUACAGUUACACCGAAACAUGGCACGAAGGCUCGUUAGCUUCCGCUUUACGCUUUGUGGUGGUGGUCUUUUUGUCUGUCUCUGAGGCAAGAUAAGAGGUGGUGCCCCUCCCCCAGGCUCUCUGGCGUGGGCAGGGUCUGCCUUUCCAUGCCAGCCCUUCCUUUCUCUGUCUUUCCCCCCCUGUUCUUUCUAGCUUUCGUGUCCCUCCUUCCUUCUUCCAGUCGCUCUAUCUCAGCACUUUAAAGUGGGGGCAGAGAGAAAGAUUCAUGAGUUUUGGUGGGACUGUUUUUUUUUUUUUUGUAUUUGGGGGCUUCCCUAAUAAUUGUGCCAUUCAUGCUCGCUGCUGCUCCUGCCUGGGGACGUUGUAGCUGGAAUGGCUGCUUUAAAUCCCGGCCCCCGGGGGAAGAGGACCAGGCAGGCAGACUGGCACUGCCCCCCCCCUUGGCACAGAAAGGAACCGCACGAGCUCAUGGCACCGCUGGAGCUGCGGCAGAAAUCCCGGGCGGGAUCGUUUUCUGCGAGAAAGUGGAUGCAGAGGGAGGGGGAUCCCGUAGUUUCUUCUCCCCAUCCCAACAACAGGCAUGUUACUCAAGAGACUCGUUUGGUGCUACCUGAUGGAUGAGGUGGCGGUAAAGAUCAAGACAAGAGCUGUUCAGAUCUCUCGGACUCCCUUCCUGCCCCCUGCAAUAUCACAAGGCUCAAGAGAGGGAGAGAAUCAAAUGCUUGGAACAGCUGGAGCACAAUAGCGUCACAAUCAGGAAGAUUUCUUCCCACUCUGUGGACUGCUGGAGAACUUCACUGUCGCCAUGUUCUUUUAAAUGGCAUUUUGUUUGCUGUUGUGGCCACAAACUGAAUUUGGGGGGGGGGGGGAGACUACACGGUUCUGGCUUUCGAGGGGGGGGGGCUUGCAAGGCACUAUUGUAUAGUUUCCUGUUCUCCUGUUUAAAUAGACCCUGGAAUUUAAAAGCCAUACUGUAAAACCCCAGUUUUGGGAGGCCGACACUUUACUUUGAACUGGUGCCUUCUGGUUUCGAGGGGGAAGAGAAGUUUUGGGUUGGUCACGUCCCCAAAUGCGAGCAUUUCUUCCAGCAGAGCCUAGAUCUGGGCUGCAGACCCACCAACCACCUGCAGUUCUCCGAGCCUCUUUCAAACAAGCCACCUAGGAUGUUUGUUUCCCGGCUCCUUCUCAGAGUUAGAUGCUGAACAAACCACACACACACACACACACACGCCCUCCCAGUGCAGAAUUGCUUUGCUGCUUUGUCGGUGCACAACCCUGAAUUUCCACUUGCCUCGUGUUGUCCAUGGAGGCUGGAAUGUCAUCCUAGUUUGGAAAUUUCAAGAGGAAAUCUGCCAGGAAAACAUACAUUUUUUUGUUUGUCUUGCGCAGCCAAAUGGGGACACGUUCCGCGUGAUUUUCGUGCCGUCUUUAUCAUGGCCAGUUCAUCUCAUGUCUUAAGAGCAGAGGACGGAGUCUGAAAUGAUCAGGCACAACUGGAUCAUUGGCUGUAAGCGGACCGGAAGUGAGGGGAGCCAAACUUGGUAGAGAAAGCUGGCUAUCACUUUCAAUUUAUCCUUUUUUUUUCUCCCUCUCCCAAGAAGAGACAGACUUGCUGAAAUCUUGUGGGUGUGAUCUGGUCCAAAGUAUUUGUAAAGUAGAACUGAUUUCUUUUGCGAACGUGCAAACGGUUCAAAGUGGGGCGGGGGGAGAAAUCUCUGAAAACGAAAGCGAUCUUAAAAGUGAUUCUGGCUGGGAAGUUCAAUCUGCAGAAUUCUACUCCACCUUAAUAAACUUUCCAAUUUAUUUUGA